UUACUCCUGCUUUCCGAAAUUUAAACCCGGCCCAAUUCGCAAGGGGAGGCCGUCAUCCAAAAAUUUUCAGCCACUCAGAAGCUGUUGAGCUCGACGGAGUUCCCUCCAUCCAGACUCCACUCCAGAGAAAACGAUAAACCCUCUUUCUCUCAAUGCCGAUCUCAUAAAAAUCCAAACCCUAACCCUAAAAAUCCAUGGCGUCCUGUUUGAUUUCCUGCAAAUACCCAAUCUCUAAACCCUCACUCCUCCGCCCAACUCCCUUCGUCGCCGUCCCCCUUCGCCUUCGCACCUCUCAAAGAUCUGCGGCCGUUGGGGUUAGGGUUAGGGUUUCGGCUCCGGCGAUCAGAGCGAGCGUCGACGUUCCCGCUGGACUCAGGCCUGGGCGAGUUGUGGAGACCGAUAAGCUGCCUUCGGGUGUGAGGAAUCGAGCGAUGGAGGCCGUUGAUUCGUACGGAGGCAGGGUUACGAUUGGGGAUGUGGCGAGUAGAGCUGGGCUUAAAUUGAAUGAGGCUGAGAGAGCUCUUCAGGCUCUCGCUGCUGACACUGGUGGAUUCUUAGAGGUUUCAGAUGAAGGCGAUGUUCUUUAUGUUUUCCCAAGGGAUUACAGGUCAAAGUUGGCUGGGAAAUCUUUUAGAAUGAAAGUAGAACCUCUACUCGACAAAUUGAAGGGAGGGGCUGAGUACUUAAUCAGGGUCUCCUUUGGGACAGCACUUAUUGCUUCAAUAGUUAUUGUUUACACAACAAUCAUCGCGCUCGUCUCAAGUAGAAGUGAUGAAGAUAAUCGAGGAAGACGUGGAGGAAGGUCGUAUGACUCUGGUUUUACAGUUUUCUUCAGCCCAACAGACCUAUUUUGGUACUGGGAUCCAUACUACUACAGGAGGCAGCAAAUCAGAAAAAAUGAUGGAAUGAACUUUAUUGAAUCUGUUUUUUCAUUUGUGUUUGGUGACGGAGAUCCAAAUCAAGGACUUGAAGAGGAGAGGUGGAAACUGAUUGGACAAUAUAUUGCCUCAAAAGGUGGCGUUGUCACUGCUGAGGAGCUUGCUCCAUAUCUGGAUGUUAUGCCUAUAGAAGACAAAAAGGAGCAGGAUGUUGAUUCAUACGUCUUACCUGUAUUAUUACGCUUCGAUGGGCAUCCAGAAGUGGAUGAUGAGGGAAACAUCCUAUAUUGCUUUCCAUCCUUGCAGCGUACUGCUUCAUCCCAAAGGGUUGGGCGAAAGGAAUAUGUAGGGAAGUGGGCUGAGUGGGUUGAUGGAGUUGGGAAGUAUCUUGAGGAGAAGAAAUGGUCCUUCAGUAAAGCUGGAUCAUCGCAGAAAGGAAUGGUUAUAGGACUGGGAGCACUCAAUCUUUUUGGAGUUGUUGUUCUGGGCAGCAUGUUAAAGAACACUGCAAUAGCACCCGCUGGCUUUAUUUCUUUUGUUGCUGACAUAUUUCCUCUACUCCAGGUCUAUGCUGCUUCGUUCUUUGCAAUACCCUUGUUCCGAUGGUUCCUCUUGCGUAAAAGGAAUGCAGAUAUUGAAAAACGCAAUCUGGGUAGAAAACAACAAGCUCGAGCCCUUGAAUUGCCUGAUUCAUCUCUCAGAAGGAAGCUUUCCAGCGCUAGAGAGAUGGCACGUCGAACUGUUAUUGGUUCAGAGAGGAUAGUCUACAGUACAGAAAAAGAUGUUUCAGACCAAGAUUUUGAGGCUAGAGAAUGGGAUCGGAGAUUCAGAGAACUUGAGAGAUCGGAUUGAUGACAACACUGUUUUAUCCUUCAUAUCAUCAAACUAUCUUUGCUGCUGCUGCCCCAUAAUACCCUAACCAGGAAGUGUGCUGGUUACUGAAGGCGUAAAUCAGAAAGCAGCAGGGCUUCACUCUCCAUUUGUACAAUUUCUGUUAAUAUCACCAUAAUUUUAUCAACAGACAGCUGCUGGCUGCCAGGGCACUUCCAGACAUUGACAAAGACACUGCGGUCAGUUUUUUGCACAUGGCUCGGGUUGUUGUAGAAAUGUUUCACUUUUGUACGCGCUAUUGUUGUAAUAAUUUCUUUAAGUUCUAAUGUUAUUCUUAAGGUAGCUAUCAUUUUCGACUUUUUUUCUCAAAUGAGAACUAGGAUUCUUAACACCUGUAAUAAAAAGCAAAAAACCGAGUAUAGAGAAGAGAAAAGAUGAUAUCUUUGAA